AUGGCAGCAUUACCAUCCGCGAUGCGGCGCUCAGUCGCUACUCUCUCCUCAACAGCCCUCAAAGCCCCUGCCCGCCAAAACAUAAGCAAGGUCUUCCAAAAAGCACCUCUCUCCGCAACCAACCGAGGCAUCACUUCCCUAUCGUCUAGACGCGGUACCAUUGCGCCCACGAAUGGAUUGAGCUACAAGAACCAGAAGCAGGACUCAUCACGUCUGCUCGGUCAAAUCCGGUGGAAUAGCGACGAAUCCGGAAGCUUGCGACAGUGGGGAUUCGAAGAUAUCAACACCGCUCUUCCUAGUGCAAAUGUCUCCUCUCCAACUCACACACCCCUCCUAAUCGACGUCCGUGAACCCGCCGAGCUGAACGCUACCGGAAUCAUUCCCACGGCUAUCUGUAUCCCGCUCGCUUCCCAGCCCGAUGCGCUCUACCUUACCGCCGAUGAAUUCGAGACCCGCUUUGGGUUCCCCAAGCCGUCUGUGAGUCAGGACCAGAAGAUGGUGUUUUACUGCAAGGCUGGUGUGAGGGCUCGGGCUGCUGCGCAGUUGGCCGUGCAGGCGGGGUAUGAUCCUGAGUCUAUUGGAGUUUAUGAUGGAAGUUGGUUGGAUUGGAAGGAUAAGGGGGGCAAAGUUGAGACCUGGGAGGGAGGUGAUUUUUGA